AUGGAACAAGAAGCGGCGGAGACACUGGUUCAGGCGGCGAGCUCCGAUGGGUCGAACCCGAAGGGGCCAGACGAGUCGGAGGCUGUGAACCGGGCAAGGAAAUUGCUGUUUCGGCGGAUGCUAGUGGGGAUAAGAGAUGGGCGGUUUUUCUUGGGAAAUUUUCACUGCAUUGACAAACAAGGAAACAUCAUUCUUCAAGAUGCAGUGGAGUAUCGUAGCACGCGGCGGUCUUCGCCUUCUCCGAUGGAGCAGCGGUUCCUCGGUCUCAUUCUUAUCCCUUCUUCUUGCCGUGUCUCUUGUCAUGUUGGUUGCUCUGUUGAAGAACAAUUGUCUCUGCUUUCAUUCUAG